AUGCAAAAACGUCGUCGCCUUCGUUCUCCAUCUCCUACGUAUAAUCUCGACAACGAUGAUGAUUCUUACGAGCCAUACAUUCCAGUCGCACAGCGACGACAAGAAAAGCUUGCAAAGCUUUCAACCUUGGGCGUCAAUGCCAACAAGAAUCGAGCCAAGGAACACCCAGAAGAGCUCGAUGAACAGGAAGAUGCUCUUGAAGAAGAGGAAAUGCGCAGAGAAAUAGUGAGGAAGGAGAGAACUCUGCUAAUGGAGGCCCAAGAAGUCCAUCUCAAGAAAGCAGCUGAAGACUCCAAGAAAUCUGCGGGAGAAAAGGCUGAGGAAGCUGACGCUGAAAUUUUAGAAGCCAUUAAGAGCAGACGGAAGCUAGCCUCAGACAUGGAGUUGGCCAGAGGAAUAACCUAUACCGAGUCGCUCAAGACAAGGCAUGACAUCUGGAGGCCCCCAAAGUACAUUCGAGAGCGCUCUGAGGCCCAGCAUCACGCAUUGCGAGGAAAAUUUCACAUCUUGGUUGAGGGUGACGACAUUCCUCCUCCAAUCGAACAUUUUGUUGACAUGAAAAUACCAGAAGCCAUACUUGAAUACUUGAAAUCUAAACGCAUUGUUACUCCGACUCCCAUUCAGCUCCAAGGAAUCCCAACAGCUUUUUCAGGCCGCGACAUUAUUGGCAUAGCUUUCACGGGUUCAGGAAAGACGUUGGCAUUCUGUCUGCCACUCAUCAUGCUUGCCCUGGAGGAAGAAUCCAAGCUCCCCUUUGUUCGCGGCGAAGGGCCGGUUGGCAUUAUCUUAUGUCCAUCCCGCGAACUGGCCAAUCAAACGUACGAAAACGUGGUCACCUGGUGUGCAGCUCUAGCCAAGGAUGGGAAAUAUCCUCCUCUCAAUUCCCUACUUUGUAUGGGUGGGAUUUCAAUGAGUGAUCAAAGCCACGUCAUGAGCAAAGGGUUGCACAUCGUUGUUGCCACGCCUGGGCGUCUCAUCGAUAUGCUUGAAAAAAAGAAAUUUACGCUUGAUUCGUGUAAAUACCUCUGCAUGGAUGAGGCAGAUCGUAUGAUUGAUUUGGGCUUUGAAGAGGAUGUUCGGAACAUCAUGAGUUUUUUCAAGCAUCAGAGGCAGACGCUGUUGUUCUCCGCAACGAUGCCUAGAAAAAUUCAGGAGUUCGCUCGAGAAUCUCUUAUCAAGCCCGUGCUGGUCAACGUUGGGCGUGCUGGCGCUGCGAAUCUGGACGUUUUGCAAGUUGUUGAAUACGUCAAGCAGGAAGCAAAGAUGGUCUACCUUCUCGAAUGUUUACAGAAAACCCCACCUCCUGUGAUCAUCUUUAGCGAAAACAAGAACGAGGUAGAUGACAUACAAGAAUAUCUGCUUCUUAAAGGUGUUGAAGCGGUCGCAAUUCAUGGUUCAAAGACACAGGAAGAAAGGCAAUAUGCGAUAAAGUCCUUCAAAUCUGGUGCCAAAGACGUGAUGGUUGCUUCAGGAGUUGCCUCAAAAGGCCUAGACUUCAGCGAGAUUCAACACGUCAUAAUAUUUUCUAUGCCUAAAGAAAUCGAAGAUUAUGUCCAUCAAAUCGGUCGUACUGGCCGAAGUGGCAAAACAGGGAUCGCAACAACCUUUGUUAAUAUGAACACGCCUGAACAAACCCUACUCGACUUGAAAUAUCUAUUAAUGGAAGCGGGCCAAAAAGUGCCUCCCUUCCUUUCAAGUAUCGACGAUCCUCGUGCGGCGCAGGGCGUUUCUUCAAAAGGCUGCCCUGUUUGCGGAGGUCUUGGACAUGGAAUAUCUAAUUGCCCCAAGCUCGAGGAUGCUCAGCGGAGACAAAUGGCUUCGCACCGAGCAACCGAUGAUGGUGGGGGUUACUGAUAUUAAGUGAAGAGAAUGUGAUGAGAUUGACUAAAUGACAUGGGGCCGACCUGGUCAGCAACCAGAGAAGUUUAUCUGAUUAUUUUACGGUUUCGAAGAGGUCCUUCUGAGUCUCAUAGCUGCACCAGGUGACAAAUGUCACGAAAGACUUGAUGGCAAGACGGGCAGGUCGUUUCUUCUUUUCAACUGUCAACCGAGCAUACACAACGAGCCUGUUUAUUAAAGAUUUAAUCAUAAACAUUUAACGAUC